GGGACAAGUGGAGCCUUGUGCGUAGCCGAUUUUAGCACAGAUUCUUCGUUGAGUCUUCCGGAUCUCGAUUUUGCGGCAGCCUUAGUUGAGGGCAGUGGAUCUACGGAGAGCUAGUUUUGGAGGUCAAGUUGAGUUUUGUUUGGACUGACAAACUCGAGGCCGGGAGGAGGAAGCAAGGAUGGUGGCCAUGGCAGCAAUCGUCAAGCCAUUUCGUGUUGUGUGCUUGCAUGAAGGCCAUGUGGUCGAUCCAGAGAGGAUUUUCAGAGGGAAAAGACCGCAAGCCAGUCUGAGUACCCAAGCUGGAGUGUUUUCGAGGGUGGUAGGGCUGAAAGUACCUUUGGUUAAGGCGGCGCCAAAACGAUUUUUCAGAGCAUCAGCUCUACCCGAGGAUGACCUAGUUGCGGAGACAACACCUGUUAUUCAAGAGCCCCUGCAAGUAGAGCAUACCAGUGCUGGAGAACCGGAUUUUGAAGGUCCUACAGUGAAAGUGAAAUUCGAGCUUCAACGAGAGUGCCACUUCGGACAGCAAUUCAAAGUUGUUGGUAGCGAUCCUCAAUUCGGUAACUGGGACCCAAGUGCGGCUGUACCUUUGAAUUGGUCUGAAGGUCAUCUGUGGACUGCUGAUUUGGAUGUGCCUGAAGGUAAGAAGAUCGAAUAUAAAUACAUUCUGGUGUCCGAUCAAGAAGAAACGGUGGAAUGGCAACCUGGAUCAAACGGCGUUCUGGAAACGGUAGCUGGAGCAGGACCACUUUUGCUCUCUGAACCGUGGGAGGAGCCACAACCGGAGUCCAUAGAUGACGUUGAUGCUCAACCUGCUGGUGAGGAACCAGUGAGUGAUGAUAUCGAAGCAAGUAGUCCAGCUGAUGCAGUGGCGGAUGUGGUAGCCUCUGCUGCUGCAGGUGCCCUCAACGCCGGAUUGACGGCAGCAAAAGCAGUAGAAGGGACUGUGGACUCUGUCUCUUCCAAUGGCAAGACAAACGGAGUGGCAGACAAAAAGGAAGGUGCUUCUACUGGUGUUGAAAUUCCUGUUGUCGACGCGGCUCUCGCUGCCACUGCCGAGCCUGCUAAAUCCGCUGCACCACCUGCUGAGUCCGCUGCACCUCCUGCUGAGUCCGCUGCACCUCCUUCCAAAUUUGCUGCACCACCUUCCAAACCUGCUGCACCACCUUCCAAACCCGCUGCACCACCUUCCAAACCCGCUGCACCACCUGCCAAGGAGGUGAGAGGGACGAGCACAAAGACGCAAAAGACGACCUCCAAUGAUGCAUAGAGCCCGUAAGGAACAAUAGAACUGCAGCAGCGACGACCAGCCGUGCCGAAACUGCCACCACAGAGGAGCAGCUCACAAGAAAGAAGCAGCAGCAGCAGCAGCAGGAGUCUAUUUCAGAAGAAGGACGACAACAACAACAACAAGAGACGACCACGGAGAGCUUCAGCCCUUUCAGAAAAGACUUAGCAUGGUUGGCAAAGACUCUCUUUGGUAGGUAAUAGGGGAAAUUUCUGCAGUCCGUGACAGAAACUGAGACUUCACAAUCUCAAUCCAAAGGACCUUCAUUAUUGUAUAUGAACAUGAGCGAACUGACUUGCUUUAUCUUC